GCCGGCCAACGACUGGCUGGCGCGGCGCGGCCGCAACAUGGUGCUCGUCAUCCUCUCGUACGUGCUCGUGUCCAUGGCCUGGUUCGUGUGGUUCCAGGUCGGCAGGCAGCCGCCCAAGCUACUCGUGCUGUCGGUGGGCGGUCUGCGCCACGACUACCUGAGCUUGGUGCCCCCGGCGCAGCUGCCCUUCUUCACACACUUCGUGCGGUAUGGCGCACGCUCCGAGUGGCUCAACCCGACCUUCCCGUCCGAGGGCAUCGCCACGCGGGCAUCCUUCUUCACCGGCCGCUACCCGGAGAAGCACGGCAUCCUGGGCGAGCACUUCCUCGACCGGCAACGCGGCGAGCUGCGAGUGGACGGCCCGGCCGGCCACUCGGCCACCGACCCGGCAUGGUGGGACGGCGUCGUGCCCCUCUGGACCUCGGCCGUCAAGCAGUGGCGUCGCACAGCUGUGUUCAACGUCCAAGGCGCCUGUGUGCCCAUUGAUGGCAGCAAUAUCAGCUUUUGUCAGGCGCCGGGGCAGGCCGGCGAGUUCGAGGAGAGUCUGACGCUGGCGCUGGACCGCCUGUUCGCCGAGGCCUACCCGUGCAAUAUGGCCAUCGUGCACACGGACGAGCUGCGGCGGACCGCCGAGAAGCACGGCGCUACGUCCGAGGCCGUGCUGGAUGCGCUGCGCGCACUCGACGGCCAGCUGCAGACGCUCGACCGCGCGCUGCUGGACCGCCAGGCCCGCGGAGAGGUCAACGUCGUCAUCGUGUCGGACGGCGGCCUGACGGACACGGCUGACAUGGAGGUGAUCUCGGUGGACAGCCUGCUGCCGUCCGAAGCUCCCGUCACCGUCGCCGGCGACGGUGCCGCCUGCCUCGUCUACAUGGCCGGGGAGCACGCGACGGCUGCGCACGCGCAGGCGCAGGCCGUGCCGGGCGUGCGCGCGUACCUGCGCGGCGCCAUUCCCGCGCGCAUGCGGCUGGCGCACGGGCAGCGCGAGCCCGACCUCCUCCUGGUGGCCGAGCCAGGCUACUACCUGGAGCACGAGCGGCCACUGGCCGUGGAAGCGGCAGGCGGAUACGACGACACGGCCGGCGGCGUGCCGGACAUGCGCGGCGUGCUGCUCGGUCGCGGCCCCAGUUUCCGCGCCGGGGUCACCGUCCAGCAGGUGAACGCCGUCGACGUGUAUGCCAUGCUCGUCGCGCUCAUCCAGGUGACGCCCGAGGUGCACAACGGCCACCUGGACAACGUCUCCGACAUGAUCAACUGGUGA